AUGUUUCUGUGUCACUCCUCAUUCUCUUUUAUUCUGCUUCUGUGUCACUCCUCAUUCUCUUUUAUUCUGCUUCUGUGUCACUCCUCAUUCUCUUUGAUUCUGUUUCUGUGUUACUCCUCAUUCUCUUUUAUGUUAUUUCUAUGUCACCUCACUCUUUUCUAUUUUUUCUGUGUCACUCUUCACUCUCUCCUAUUCUCCUUCUUUGUCACUACUCACUCUCUUUUAUUCUAUUUCUGUAUCACUCCUUACUCUCACUCUCAUUCUGGUUUUUCCCUUUUCCUACUGUUUUUUAUUCAGUCAUCUUUCUCUCUUUCUCUUUUAUCCAGUUCAUUAAUUUUCCCCUUUCAUCUUAUUCUUUCAUUCUCUCUCACUUUCUUCACUUUGUUCUACUUUCUUUCAUCCCUAAUUCCCCCCCCCGCCUUCUCUUUUACUCACUGUUUAACUAACUUCUUUUCCCUAAUUCUUCCCACCUCUCUCUAUCUUUCUUUCUCUGUCCUUUCUAAUCAAUGUAAAUGA